AGCAGUGACGCGGCGGGUCUGUAAUAAGGAUCCGCUCAGUCAGUAAAGCGCAGGUCAAACAGCAAUACACUCUCACACACAGACACUUUAUUAUAGUCACCCUAUACAACACUGAGACAUGGACUCGGACGAGGGCUACAAUUAUGAGUUUGAUGAGGAAGAGGAGGAGGAAGAAGAGGAGGAGGAGUGCAGCGAGGACAGCGGCGAGGAGGAGGCCGAGGAUGACACGCUGGACCUGGGCGAGGUGGAGCUGCUGGACCCCGCGGUGGCCGGAGGAGAGCCCGACGAUUGCGUUGACACCGGCGGCGGCGGCCUGGGGCCCGGGCAGGAGGACGAGGACUACCGCUUCGAGGUUCUGACCACCGAGCAGAUCCUCCAGCACAUGGUGGAGUGCAUCAGGGAGGUCAACGAGGUCAUACAGAACCCAGCUACGAUAACCAGAAUACUCCUUAGUCACUUCAACUGGGACAAAGAGAAGCUUAUGGAGAGGUACUUCGAUGGAAAUCUGGACAAGUUGUUUACAGAGUGCCACGUCAUAAACCCCAGUAAAAAGGCCAAAACACGACCAAUGAGCACACGGUCCUCCAGUCAGGAUUUGCCCUGCCAGAUCUGCUAUCUCAACUAUCCAAACUCGUAUUUCACAGGUCUAGAGUGUGGACACAAGUUCUGCGUGCAGUGCUGGGGUGACUAUUUAACUACCAAAAUCAUUGAGGAAGGGAUGGGACAGACCAUCUCGUGUCCUGCUCACAACUGUGACAUUUUGGUUGACGAUAACACUGUAAUGCGACUAAUCACAGAUUCUAAAGUGAAAUUGAAGUAUCAGCAUUUAAUCACAAAUAGUUUUGUAGAGUGUAACAGACUGUUGAAAUGGUGUCCGGCUCCUGACUGCCACCAUGUGGUCAAAGUUCAGUACCCUGAUGCCAAACCAGUUCGCUGCAAAUGUGGGAGACAGUUCUGUUUCAAUUGUGGAGAGAACUGGCAUGACCCUGUUAAAUGCAAGUGGUUGAGGAAGUGGAUAAAGAAGUGUGAUGAUGACAGUGAAACAUCAAACUGGAUUGCAGCAAAUACCAAGGAAUGUCCCAAAUGUCAUGUGACCAUUGAAAAAGAUGGGGGCUGUAAUCACAUGGUGUGUCGAAACCAGAGUUGUAAAGCAGAGUUCUGCUGGGUUUGUCUCGGCCCUUGGGAGCCCCAUGGCUCUGCUUGGUACAACUGCAAUCGCUACAAUGAAGAUGAUGCAAAGGCAGCCAGAGAUGCUCAGGAGCGUUCCCGUGCAGCCCUGCAACGCUACCUCUUCUACUGCAACCGCUACAUGAACCACAUGCAGAGUCUGCGCUUCGAGCACAAGCUGUACGCGCAGGUGAAACAGAAGAUGGAGGAGAUGCAGCAACACAACAUGUCGUGGAUCGAGGUGCAGUUCCUGAAGAAGGCCGUGGACGUGCUGUGCCAGUGUCGGUCCACGCUUAUGUUCACAUACGUCUUCGCCUUCUACCUCAAAAAGAACAACCAGUCCAUUAUCUUCGAGAACAAUCAGGCUGAUUUGGAGAACGCUACAGAGGUGCUUUCGGGUUAUCUAGAGCGAGAUAUCUCCCAGGAUUCUUUGCAAGAUAUCAAACAGAAAGUUCAGGAUAAGUAUAGAUACUGUGAGAGUCGGCGACGAGUGCUGCUACAGCACGUUCAUGAGGGCUAUGAGAAAGACUUGUGGGAGUACAUUGAAGACUGAGCAAAACUGCUGCAUCACAAGCAUAUUGGAGCAAAUAAAAGCAGUGAAGUGCUGUGGUCUCCAGUCCAGUCACAGCUUUGGUGUCGGCCAUCACCGCAGCCCCUCUCCAUGUUGCAUCCUUUUUACGUGGCAUCUGGAUUUUUGUCAUUAUCUAGAGUUUGUUCAUUUUACUGAAAAGGUAGAAUAUUCAAAUAAAACUCCUACGUCAGUA